AUGGAGGUUAAAGAAGGAGAAGGGGCUCUCAAAACGGCAGUGAUUGAGAUUACAUCUUCACCAUCUCCAGAUGGGACUCGAAUCAGACCAGUAUUUUGUUUGAAGAAAACAAACAUGGAAAACAUUAGAAAGUUUGAAGAGAUGGAGGAUUGCUUUAUCCUUGAUUUUGACCCUUCUGAAAUUGACACUGCUAUUCAUCGUAUCUCCACUCUUUCUGUCUCCUCCUUGCCUGAUGAUGAUGGUGGUGCUGAUCUCUCUGUUGUUGCUGAAAAAGGCCAGGUGGCUUGCAGGGAUUAUCCACACUCAAGGCAUCUUUGUAUUAAAUACCCAUUUGGUAAAACCCCACACGAGAGCUAUUGUGAACUGUGUUAUUGCUAUGUUUGUGAUUGUGCUGCGCCAUGUAAGGACUGGAAGGAUUCUAAAUCAGCUCAUUGCGACGCUUCUGAUAAAAUUGGUGAUUGGAAGGAGCAGAGGUCGAAGAGAAAGGAAGAGAUCAAACUCUCAAAGUCUUAA